CUAACAUCCCGUCUCUAUUUAAACUGUGUGCCUUCUGUAGAGACGUCUGCUGCAUGAAAGAUUAUUAUUAAGGAUGGCUAAAGUUACUGGAUCGGAAAUGUGCGGUGCCGAGGCCUUCGUCACCAUGGCGACCACAGACUCGUACUGUAUGGGAGCGACGGUGGUGGCCAGGAGUUUACGGCGUCACGGGACAACUCGCAGCAUCGUUGUCAUGGUUACGCCUAACGUCUCAGAGCAGUCGAGGCUUGCCCUGCAGGAAGCGUUUGAUGAUGUCAUCACGGUGGACAUGAUGGACAGUGAGGACUGUCUCCGUCUGUCCCUGCUGGGACGUCCCGAGCUCGGCAUCACCUUCACCAAGAUCCACUGCUGGUCUCUCAGUCGCUUCAGCAAGUGUGUCUUCCUGGACGCCGACACCCUCGUUCUUUGUAAUGUGGACGAGUUGUUUGAGAGAGAUGAGUUAUCGGCGGCUCCGGAUCCCGGCUGGCCUGACUGCUUCAACUCUGGUGUGUUUGUCUUUAGACCGUCGCUCAGAACGCACCGCCGCCUGCUGGAUCAUGCCCUGCAGCACGGCAGCUUUGACGGAGGGGACCAGGGCCUGUUGAACUCUUUCUUCAGCAGCUGGCCGCUGGACGACAUCAAGAAACAUCUGCCGUUUGUCUACAACCUGAGUGCCAGCUCCGUCUACAGCUACCUCCCUGCUUUCACACAGUUUGGCCACAAUGCAAAGAUCGUCCAUUUCUUGGGAGCAGAGAAACCCUGGAGCUCCGGCAGCCAAUCACAGUCUCCCACCAUGGACCAGUUUGUGUCUCUGUGGUGGAAGGAAUACAACACCAGUAACACCAGUUACACCAGAUCAGCUGCGCCAGGGAAACCCCAACAGAUCCAGGAACGAGAAACCAAGAUGUCGUUUAGAGAAAACUUGGACAGCUCCAUCUCGCUGCUCGCACAUUUCUCCCCGCUGUCUUUGAGGCUUCAUUCCUCGUCUGAACCGGAGAUGUGUUGCCACACAGAUAACACACCGUUGGAGGAAGAAGAGAAGUCAGAGAUCCAGGACCCGGCGUCUGGUGCAGAAACUGAUCCACAUCCUGUACGUAAACCCUCGCCUUUCUCACCGCAAUGUUGA